AUGUCCAAGAAACGUUCCAUACGAUCGAUCGACCAAGGUGGUCUCAACCUCUGGGACCUCAACGCUAGAUUCCGUGCCCAAAAGGCAUGGAUGUUCGAAAGGUUCCUCCACGAGGUAAAGAACGACCGAGUUGCAAAGGUUUCCUUUGCCCAAUCAUGGAUGGACCAACUCAACCAAGACAAACCAAAUGAUUUUGUCCGCCUCUGCCAAAGCGACAAUGGAACCAGACAAAAGAGGAAGAGUACCUCUCAAACAAGUGUACCUCCAAAGGCUGACCAUAGCCAACGAAAAGUGGAAUGUGUACGACCCGACCCAGGCCAAAAGAUCUUAGCAACCGAUGACAGAGUGUAUCCAAUGAAUGCACUAGCUGCUCUCUCUACCAUCGUACUACCAAAGGGUCGAGAUAUGGUUUGGAAGUAUGUAACCAAAUGUCUCCCGCUCCUCAGGGGUGACCCAGUCGCUUCAAUCUGUGUAUCCUGUGGCAAAGAUGAAUCUUCCAAGAAUUUGUUCUUUCAAUGCAAAGAGACCACACUACCAGUAACGAUACUGAAAGAGGUUACUGCUGCCAACAACAUUACUCCACCAGUUUGGGAUAUCACCCUCCUCAACCUCAAACAACCUCCAAUGACUAUAAACUUGACUGCUGCAACACUCGAACGAAUAUGGUUCCGACGUAACGAUCUACGUCACCAAAGAGAUGAACCAUUCACUGAACAAUAUCUGCGAGCUAGAUUGCUAAAUGAUAUGCGACAUAUUAUAAAAGUAAACUGGGACAAGACGUUAGAAUUAUCAAGUGUACCUCCAAAGGCUGACCAUAGCCAACGAAAAGAGGAGAGUGUAUCCUAUGAAUGCACUUGCUGCUCUGAGUGUAAACUCCUACCCGCCUUUAUAAAGGAAGAUUUGAAUAAGUGUGUAAAAGAGAUAAUAAUAAUACAACCAUGUCAUUCAAAUCUACCAAUAUGUACACACAAGUUUGGUCCUCUUGUACCACCAAUUCUCUCCUUGAAACAAAAAUCACACACCUAA